AUAUGUUUUAUAUUUCCAUAUGACGAUUACGCUCUAAAGGCUAGUUACUUAACUGAUAUGGACGCUAUAACAAUGUGAAACGUGGUUAGUAAUAUUCCACAGGCUUGCAUUUAAUAACGCGAUUUCAAGUAUUCUGUCCCUGCCACGUUCCGUAGACGUUUCAUGACGGCCAAUGCGGAGGGAGUCAAGGAGACCGUAGCCAAUAAGAAGAGUUGGAGAGAAAGCUGUAUGUCUGUCCGGACGGUAAUUUAUCAGGAGGAGCGAGAGCGUUAGGCUGCUCCAGCACUGACAUGGGAGGUAUAUGAGAAGCCUGAAGUACUGGAACAAUUAUCUCAUCGGCAAUUGGGGAAUCAUGACCUAGUGUCUGCAUUAAAUCACCGGAUGUUGCAUGCGCGACAUGCUCAGGAUCCAGAACGCCUUUUCUUCUCUUCAUUUACUCUGUUCUGCUGUUGGUGGUGUGCAUAGUACUUUCAUGAGAAUGUUUUAUGCUGUAAGGACUGGCCGAAAGCCUGGAGUCUAUAAUACAUGGGAUGAAUGUAAAGAGCAGGUGGAUAAAUUUCCUUUAGCAAGGUACAAGAAGUUUGCUUCAGAAGAAGAUGCCUGGAAUUUUGUGAGAAAUCAGGAGUCCUCAUCAAAAAGUUCUUCUGUAGAUACUGGUGAAACAAAAGAGCCUCCUACACAAGCUACAGGACUGCAUAAUGUGGUACCUCAGCAGAGGGCAAAGAGACCACUUUAUAAGGCACAAAGCUCAAGCACUGAGGAAGCAGCACCUAAAAGAACUAAGCUCAUUGAUCUCACUGAAUUACCAUCAUCACACAAUGGAGCAUUUAAAUACAUGGGAGACUCUGUUGUUGUAUACACUGAUGGCUGCUGUAGCCAAAAUGGACGGCUUAAAGCACGAGCUGGUAUAGGCGUAUACUGGGGGCUAAAUCAUCCUCUCAACCUUGCAGAAAAGCUUGAAGGGAGGCAAACAAACCAGCGGGCUGAAAUUCAGGCCGCAUGCAGAGCACUUGAACUGGCCAAAUCACAGAACAUCACAAAACUUGUGCUGUAUACUGACAGCAUGUUCACUAUAAAUGGUAUCACAAAAUGGAUUCAUUCUUGGAAACGAAAUGGUUGGAAGCUGACCACUGGGAAGAAAGUUAUUAAUAGAGAAGAUUUUGAAAAGCUGGACAAGCUGACACAGGGCUUGGAUAUUAAAUGGAUGCACAUCCCAGGCCAUGCAGGGUUUGAGGGAAAUGAAGCAGCUGACAGACUUUCAAGAGAAGGAGCCCAGAAAUCAUCAGAAGACCAAUAAAACUGGAAUACAUUAACUGCUGCUCAGGCUGCGCCACUUGCACUUAUAAUGUACAUAAGCAAUGGACUUUUAUGCUUCCUAGAAAACUUUUUUUGUUUUUUUUUAUGCAAAAAACAAAUUUGUAUUUUUAUGUAAAAUUGUCACAUUUAAUUUAAAGAAAUAAACUAAUUUACUCAAGCAAAAUCGA